AGCGCGCGCGCGUGCGUGCGUAUCCAAGCCCUCAGCGCGCGGUGGAGAGACCAGUGCGGUCCCGCGCGCUGUCAUUUCAGGACUGCUUCUGCUCUAUCAAACUCUCUCUUUCACACACACACACACACACACACAUGCACUAGAGCACGGGCGCGCGUACAUACACACACUGGCGUGUUGGAACGCGCUGGCGUCGCGCAGUUAUUCUCUUCGCGUCUCCGGGACUUUUUAGCUCUCUGUCUUCUCCAGCAGGUCAUACUGAGAAAUAAAGCAGUCUGACCCAAGAGUUGAAAGGGUCAAAGGUCAUGACCUUACUUUGAUCCCAGAUCCCUCCCUUCCGCUCUGGUGACCUCAUGUUCCACACGUUCCCUAACAAAUCGCGGGCGCAGACGUCGGUCAGCAUGGAGAAGACGUAUUCGCUCACGGCGCAUUACGACGACUUCCAGGAGAUCAAGCACGGCAGUCGUUACAGCAGCAGCACGCUGAGUAACGGCAUGAGUCUGCAUCUGGGCGGAUCCCUGGACCGUGGCAGCCGUGGCUGGAGUGGGCGGGACAAAUCUGUGGGCGUGGCUGUGGGCGGGACUGGGGGCGGGGCUCCAGCCCGCUGGAGCCGGCGUGAAAUCUGCCUGCUCUCUGCGUUAGUGUUCGCAGCGGGGAUGUGCGUGAUUCUCGGAUGCAUGCUGGCACUGAAAUUUCUGUCACUGGAUGCACAGGAUUCUCAUUGUCGUCAGGAUUGUGUGAAGCGGCGCUCGCUGCUCCGGGCCGCGCGCUUUGUCCAGGGGAACGUCGACCCGAGCGUCCAGCCUUGUUACGACUUCUACAGCUUCGCAUGUGGCGGGUGGCUCCGGAGACACGGAAUACCGGAGGAUAAACUGAGCUACGGGAUCAUCACCGCCAUCGGAGAACAGAACCAGGAGAAGCUGCAGCGCCUCCUACAGGCACCGGUGCAGAGGAAAGAGCCGGACAGUGCAGAGAGAAAGGUUAAAGAAUUUUAUCGCUCAUGUAUCAACAUGAAGGAAAUCGAUCGCCUGGGGGCGGAGCCUAUGACAGAGGUGAUUGACAGCUGUGGUGGGUGGGACCUGUCCGGAGCUCCUCCCGGAGGGGCGGGGUGGGACAGUGGCUCCUCCCCCGUGAGGCCAGAUUUUAAUGAGAUGCUGUUUAAGACGCAGGGAGUUUACAGCACGUCCGUGUUCUUUUCACUCACUGUCAGUGUGGACGAUAAAAACUCGUCACGCAACGCCAUACGGAUCGAUCAGGAGGGUUUGACUCUGCCGGAAAGGACUCUGUAUCUGGGACAAGAUGAAGACAGUGUGAAGAUUCUGGCAUCUUAUAAGGCGCUGAUGGAAAGAUUGCUGAGCAUGCUGGGAGCUCACAACGCCACGCUGAAAUCUCGAGAGAUUCUGGAUCUGGAAACGAGGCUGGCAAACAUCACUGUGACUGAAUAUGACGACCAAAGAAAGGACAUCAGCAGCAUGUACAACCGAAUAACACUGAAACAACUGCAGAAAAUGGCUCCAAGUUUCCACUGGAAGCGUUUGUUGGACCGGAUCUUCAGUGAUAAUUUCUCUGAUGAAGAGGAGAUCAUAGUUUUGGCCACUGAUUACAUGCAGACGGUGUCGGACAUCAUUAAAACCACGUCUAAACGGGUUCUUCAUAACUACAUGUUGUGGCGUAUCGUGGCGGCGCUGAGCGAGCAUCUCUCCACGGCGUUUCGCAGCACGAUUCACGAGUUCUCGCGCGAGGUCGACGGAGGCGAGCGUCAGCUGGAUCUGGAGCGGCUGUGUCUCAAUCAGGCCAACAAACACUUCGGCAUGGCCCUCGGCGCGCUCUUCGUCCAGCAGCACUUCUCCUCCUCCAGCAGAGCCAAGGUGCAGGAGCUGGUGGAGGACAUUAAACACUCGUUAGAUCAGAGACUGCAGGAGCUCGACUGGAUGGACGAAGAAACCCGAGGCGCUGCCCGAGCGAAGCUGCAGCACAUGAUGGUUAUGACCGGUUAUCCUGACUUCCUGUUAAAGCCUGAGCUCGUAGACGAGGAGUACGGGUUUGAUGUGAAUGAGAAAACAUAUUUCAGGAACGUCCUCAACAGCAUCAAGUACAACAUCAAACUCUCCGUCAAAAAGAUCCAACGAGAGGUGGACAAGACAACGUGGCUUCUUCCACCACAGGCUUUAAAUGCGUAUUACCUGCCAAACAAAAACCAGAUGGUUUUUCCUGCAGGAAUUCUCCAGCCGACUCUCUACGAUCCGGAAUUCCCUCAGUCACUGAAUUACGGAGGAAUCGGAGCGAUCAUCGGUCACGAGCUCACACACGGAUACGACGACUGGGGUGGGCAGUAUGAUCGCUAUGGCAACCUGAAGCAGUGGUGGACUGAAGAGUCGUACAGGAAGUUUCAGAAGAAGGCGGAGUGUAUCGUCAAACUGUACGACAACUUCACUGUGUACAACCAGAGGGUUAACGGGCGUCUGACGCUGGGUGAGAACAUCGCUGAUCUGGGCGGACUGAAGUUGUCUUUUUAUGCGUAUCAGAAGUGGGUUCGUGAACACGGGCCGGAGCGUCCUCUGCCCGGACUCAAAUACACACACGAGCAGCUCUUCUUCAUCGCGUUUGCUCAGAACUGGUGUAUGAAGAGACGAUCGCAGUCGAUUUACCUGCAGCUGCUGACGGAUAAACACGCUCCUGAACAUUACAGGGUGAUUGGCAGUGUGUCUCAGUUCGAGGAGUUCGGCCGUGUGUUUCACUGUCCCAGAGGGUCGCCCAUGCAUCCGGUCAACAAAUGUGCCGUCUGGUGACCUUUGACCCCUGAGCAUCUCCUCAUCGCCCUCGUCUCCAUGAUGACCCGCCCCGAGCUUCUCCGACGUCGUUUGAUGUUUACAGCAUUUGAAGAGAGAUCAG